CCGUAAGCCACCAACAGCAUCUCAUCCAUAUCAACGCACCGCACGAUAGCGUACACUCAUCAAAAGGCAGCAGCCAGAGAGUAGCAUCUCAAAGAUUCUCUCAUCCCCACGUCCGAGCUGCCACCAUGACGUUUGCAGGCGCCUUGACGAUCACCGACCUCGAUGACUUCCUUACACCGUCGCAGGCGUGCAUUAUCCCCGUCCGCCAAUCCAACAAGCCUGCAGGUCAGGAAACAGGGGACAAUGCCAACACCGAGAUCCAAAUUGACUCGAAUAACAACUACUACGAGGUAUCGACGCACAGCACAGCGCUGGCGGGCCCCUCAUCCGGCGUGGAGGUCGGACGGCAGGCCCUCAAGAAGGCCGAGAUUAGCUUGAACGACUGCCUCGCUUGCAGCGGGUGUAUCACAUCCACCGAGUCGCUUCUCAUCACGAUGCAGAGUCACAACGAGGUGCACGACUUCAUCAAGGCCGGCGACUUCGGACGAGCCCCUGUCCUUUCCGUUGCGCCGCAGACCCUCGCCUCGCUGUCGGCGUCAUAUGCCAGCGGCCACCUCCCGCUCCGCACUCUGCUGCGACGGAUACGCGCCUUCCUCGCCGCGCCAGAACGAGGCGGGUGGCAGGUGUGGGACACGACGUUUGCGCGCCACGUCGCCCUGCGCGAAAUGGCGACCGAGUUCCAGGAACGGCGAGCGGCGGCUGAGCGUGGCGAGAAGAUGCAGCUACCGAUGCUUGCGUCCGCAUGUCCUGGGUGGGUGUGCUAUGCCGAGAAGGCACAGGGCGACCUGCUGCCGCUGAUGAGUGCGACGCGCUCCCCGCAAGGCGUUAUGGGAGCACUGGUGAAGCAGUGGUAUGCGCGACGCCUCGGUCGCACACCCGCAGAGCUGUACCAUGUCACAGCGAUGCCCUGCUAUGACAAGAAACUCGAGGCGAGCCGCGAGGACUUUUACUCGGAGACCUACCAGACGCGCGACACGGACUGUGUGCUCACGACUGGCGAGCUUGACCUGCUUCUGCACGAGCUCGGGUUCGAUCCCCUUUCACCCGUGGAGGGGGAGGAGACAGCGGACGCCGACCCCUUCCCCGAGCUCCUGCAGCACCCCGGCUCGAGCUCUGGCUCGUACCUCGGCUCGCUACUGUCCGCGCUCGCGGCCGCCCAUCCCCUCCCGACACGUGUGCACACACGCGCGGUGCGUGGCUCGACCGACAACGUCGAAGUGUACCUCGAGGACAGCGAAGGCUCGGUACUGUUCAAAGGCGCGAUCUGCUAUGGGUUCCGCAACCUGCAGAAUCUGGUGCGCAAAGUGGGCCGGGAGACGGGGAUCGGGCGCGCCCGCCCCGCCGGCGCUGGGCGGUUGCAGGCCGCAGUCGCUGCGCGGCGCCGCAAAGCGCGCACAGGCCAGGGCGAGAUCAAGACGCCAGCGACGCCCGCCUCCCCCGUCACGCCUGCGGGCGACGAGCGCGCGAACGGGAACGGGAGCGACGUGGCAGGCGCAGCGCUCGUCGCGUCCCGCGACGCGAAGAAGCUCGACUUCGUUGAGGUCAUGGCUUGUCCUGGCGGAUGCGUGAAUGGCGGCGGGCAGAUGAAGCCCGGCACCAGCGGCACCACCGACGCGGAAGGGUACGAGCGGCCGAUGCAAGACGAGGGCGAGCCGCCGCGCAGCACGGGCCUCGCGAGCGAAGAGGGCAUGCGGUGGAGCACCAAGGAGUGGGUCGCCGAGGUCGAGCGUGUGUACUGGACAGGGCUGCCGACGCCACCGAGCUCGCCGCGGAUACAGGCGCAAGACGCGGCGCCCGCUGCGUGGCCGAAGCGCACACAUGCGGCGGAUGGUCUUGCGCGGCAGGUGGUGGACGAGAUGUUGGGGGCUGUGGAAGGUGAUCGGUACGCCUGCACCCGCACGCGAUUCAAGCGGGUUGAGGGCGAUGUACUGAGCCAGGGCGGGCUCACGCACGAGCAGGUCAAGUGGUAGUUUAGCAUUAGCAUGCAGCAUUGCAUUGGG